AUGGCGCGCGGCGGCAGCGGCGGCGGCUCCCUCCGGCCUCCCGGCUCCCUCGCCUUUAGUUUGACCUUUCCCUCCAGUGUGUCUGACGGAGAGCGGCGGUGCGCGCGCGUGUGUGCCUGUCUCGCUGUCUCUGACCACCGGGCUGCAAAUCUCGGCACAUCCAUCUCCUGCGAGAGGCAGGAGGACCAGACAGCCCGAAGGAGGCUGCCUUCCACCUUCCCUCUGCUCAGCCGUCUUGGCUCCUUCAGCCAGGCCAGACUUCCAGCUGUAAACAGGCCUCCACCCGAAAAGUUUUUCAGAGAGAAGAGAAGCCUGGUCUGUGUCAGGGCUGCUGAUGUCAGAUCAGAGAUAUGUCAGGCUGGGAACAGACCUUCAUCCUGGCCCACAGAGCGCAGAGGGCCCUGGGCCCCUGCAGCUGCAAUCCCAGGCCUGGGCAGAGCGCGCCCCUCCCUGGACCAGUCCAUUGUCAGCCUCAGACCCAGAAAGGGCGAGUCCAAGGAUGAAGGGGAGGAAGCAAGCAACUCCCAGCACGCCAAGCAAUGUUCUUUCUCAGCACAGAGAAAAAAUGCCAGUUCAAAGGGCUGCCCCAGUUUCCUGCAACGAGUUUUCCCCCGGGGAGGCAGGAGCCCGCUGUGUUGA